GCGAGUGUAGUGAAUUACAAACAAGAAGGACGCUCUAUCGUGGAAAUCCAGAAACUUCUCAGGACACAUCAUGGAUGAAAAGUAUCAAGACAAGGACUCUACACAUUAUUGCAGCAUGGGAGCAUAACAAGGAGGAAUUCGAUGCUAAACCGUGGGAAAAUUCGACAUCUUCAUCGGGGCUGUAUUCACAUGUGGAUGUGUCAAAGCAAUGAACUGACUGCAUCCGAAAUAAAGAUGAAAUUAAGGAAUGUGUUUGGUUUAGAUGUGUCCUUGUCGACAAUCAACACCGUGAGGAGAAACCUUGGCUGGACGAGCAAUACAGGGAAAUAUUGCCAACAGAUCAGUCACGCCAACAAACGGGUAGGUAUUUAGUCGUAGUCCUUCUUCCGUCAUGCCGAUGUAUCAAUAUACACAAUACAGGCAAAGCUUUGGCAAGAACAGACCAAUCCUUUGGUUUCGAGUUAGGCCGAGAUAAGAGUUACAAAGAUGAAAUCAACAGGAGGAUGACGGACAGACUUGUUAAUGCAGUCAUUGCAAGUGAAGGGGGGAUGGAGAAGUCUUCUUGGCCACUUAGAGAAAUAGAAGGGGCCUGCAAGACCUAUUAUAUAUCUUUGAGGGACACAGAGAGGCGAAAGCUGUCUGGCAAGGAGAAAGAGCACACCCAGAGAAGCAGACGCCAAAGCAGAAGACGGGAAAGAGCAGCAAGGCUGAAGAAAACAUUAAAGAGUGUAGGAGAUGACAAGUUGGGAGAUUUUGACAAGGAGAAAGUGAUGAAAGUAUUCAAAGGAGACUACAUGUCGUCUGAGGAGAGUGAGGAAGACGACGCCAGGGAGUUCUCCCAUUUCAGUGUGCGACGCCUGCCGUAGCAGAAAGAGGCCUUCC